CUGAACCGGAACAGCGCCGAGUACAGGGCCAAGAAGGCCGAGGCGGCGGAGGUGCUGUGGAGGGCGGUGGAGCGGCAGAUCCCCGACGUGCGGGAGCGCGCGACCGUGACGAUGGUCGGCACGCCGCUCACGCACGAGCGCUUCCUGCGACGCGACGCGGGCACCUACGGCCCCUUCCUACGCGCGACCGACGGCCAGCUGCCCGGCCCAAAGUUUAGCGCGUGCGACGGGCUGCUCUGCUGCGGCGACUCGACCUUUCCGGGCAUCGGCAUGCCCGCAGUCGCGGCGUCGGGCAUGCUCGCCGCGCACUCAAUCCUGUCGGUGCGGCAGCACCUGCAGAAUCUGGACACGCUGAAGCUGCCGCCGAAGUAG